AGGUGCAAAGAAGCAUAAAAUUUCAAGUUGAUUGUGUUUCAUUAAAAAAAAAAUAAAAAAAAUGAUGUGGCCACGUAGGACAAUUCUCAGACCAAGUCAAACACCACGACCUUCUUCAACUACCAAUAACCGCCGUGCUCCACCACUUUUGUUGCCGGUUACUUCCAGUAUUUGAAAAUCCCUCCUCCCACUAUAUAUAUCUAUGGUGAUAUAAACAAACCUCUUCAGAAUCGAAAAUAAAUUCACAUGUUUUUAAUGGCUUCUUUUACAAGUUUUUGCUUUGCCACUUUAUUCAUACUGGCCAUCACAACUUCUUCUCCAGCAGCCACCGCGGCGGAGGAGUUCAUGGUUGGCGGCGACGAGGGUUGGCGGCAGCCGGCAGCCAACGACACUGAAAUGUACACCCGGUGGGCAUCAACCGUGAGAUUCCAUGUCGGAGAUUUUCUCCGUUUCGAGUACAAGAAUGAUUCGGUGGUGGUGGUAGACAAAUGGGGGUACUACCACUGCAACUCAACCCACCCCAUCUCCGCCGUAUUCGACGAUGGAAACACCAUUUUCAAUCUGGGUCGACCCGGCCCGGCGUACUUUGUGAGUUCCGACCCGGUUCGGUGCAAAAACGGGCAAAGAUUAAUGGUGGAAGUGAUUUCGUUGAUGCACGACGACCCGAUUUCUCGAUCACCAGCACCAUCACCAUUUUCCGGGGCAGGAUCUAAUUUCUUGGUCAUGCCACAACUAAUUUUCUUUUAUGUAGUUAUUGCUUCAGCCUCCAUUAAUAAUAUGUAUAUAUAUGUAGCUUAAUUUAGUAAUAUAUUAGGAUUAGGAUUAGGCUGAAAUAGUAGAGUGUUGUUGUUAUAAUUCAUUAUCCAACUCUAUUCUAAUAGUACAAGUGAUAUUGAUGAUACGUACAUAUGAAAAAAAACAAGGAAUUA